CAUAACCGAGAAUAACAGUCAUAAACUGGCGGCCAAGGAAAUUUCUUCGAGGCUGUUUCCCCCAAACUUUGAAUGAGAUUUGAGGACGUUUCAGCCAUUGUUGCAACCACAACAUACUUUUCGAACUUACUGUUGGGGUAUUUUCCCAACUUUGACUGCGAUCUUUGUUACAAUUUCCUCAGUGAAGACGCAGGUAAUUUGACCUUCCCUUUUGACUAGUUCUCAUGAAUCAUCCCAUCAUGACGUUUGUAUCUUCCGUAAAGAGUAAGUCUUAUUGAUUAGAGCUUUGAUCUUAUUCAACAACCCUCACCCAAAAAUAAAGCCAUUGAUACUGAUCAAUUUUCAAUCUCAUUGCUUCAACCUCGACGUACAUGACGACCCUUUUUGUCCUCUCCUUGCUGAUCGCCUUCCUUAGCAGAACCCGAACUGAAGCUGCUGCAACUUACCUCGCCCAUGUCUGCCCAAACACCACCACUUUCACCGCCAACAGCACCUACCAAUCCAACCUCAAUCACCUCCUCGGCUCCCUCACCUCCAACGCCACCCGCACCACGGGGUUCUACAACACCACCGCGUCGGCUGGGAACUCCGUCGACACGGUCUACGGCCUCUUCCUCUGCCGGGGCGAUCUCUCCCCCGACGCCUGCCGAGACUGCGCUGCCGACGCAACCAAAGACGUGGUCGAUCGCUGCCCCAAUGAGAAAGUGGCCGUGGCUUGGUACGACGAGUGCAUGUUACGCUACUCAAAUCAGGAUAUCUUCUCCAGCAUGGUCACCGACCCAAGCAUUUUGAUGUGGAACACACAGAAUAUAUCGGAGCAAAACCAGUUUGCCCUGCUGGUGAGGACAACGAUGAACGAUUUGGCAAGUGGGGUUUCAAAUCUUGGGCCUGGAGCCAAGAAGUUUGGGACGAAAGAAGCGAAUUUCACAGCGUUGCAAACGCUCUACACCCUUGCCCAGUGCACGGCGGACCUAUCGGGUUCCGAUUGCAAUAGGUGUCUCCAGAUAGCGAUAUCGAAUGUGGUGGGUUGUUGCGGGGGAAAGCUAGGGGCCAGGGCUCUGUUUCCUAGCUGUAACGCUAGGUUUGAAAUUUACCCGUUUUACCAGUCAGUAGCAACUGUUCCGCCACCUCCUGGAACAGUAUCAACACCCAAAGGAAAAGAUAAAAUCUCAGCGGUGACAAUUAUUGCCAUUGUCGUUCCGAUUUCUGUCUUUGGUGUUCUGUGCGUUAUGGGAUACUGCUUCCUUACUAGGAGAGCAAGAAAGAAGUACAAUGCUGUACAGGAAGAAAAUGCUGCUAAUGAUAUUACUACUGUAGAGUCCUUGCAAUUUGAUCUUGCUACAAUUGAAACUGCCACCAACAUGUUUUCAGAUGAUAAUAAGCUUGGUGAAGGCGGAUUCGGUGUCGUUUACAAGGGUAUACUGCCUAUUAAUGGACAAGAAAUAGCCGUGAAGAGGCUGUCGAGAACUUCUGGGCAAGGAAAAGAAGAAUUUAAAACUGAGGUGAUAUUGGUAGCCAAGCUUCAACAUAGAAAUCUUGUAAGGCUGUUGGGAUUUUGCUUACAAGGAGAAGAAAAGAUACUUGUCUACGAAUUUGUGCCCAACAAAAGCCUUGACUACUUUCUAUAUGAGCCUGCAAGUCAAGAACAACUAAAUUGGUCGAGCCGUUAUAAUAUUAUUGGAGGGAUCGCUCGAGGACUUCUUUAUCUUCAUGAAGAUUCUCGACUUAGAAUUAUACAUCGUGAUCUUAAAGCUAGUAACAUUUUAUUAGAUGGAGAUAUGAAUGCAAAAAUUUCAAAUUUUGGUAUGGCAAAGAUUUUUGGAGUUGAUCAAACUCAAGGAAAUACCAGUAGGGUUGUCGGCACCUUUGAUUACAUGGCUCCAGAAUAUGCUAUGCAUGGACAAUUUUCUGUAAAGUCUGAUGUGUAUAGUUUUGGAGUCCUAAUUCUUGAAAUUAUAAGUGGCAAGAAAGUCAGUUCUUUCUAUCAAUCAAAUGGUGACGAAGACCUUUUGAGCUAUGCCUGGAAACAGUGGACGGAUGAAACGCCCUUAAAAGUGUUGGAUCCAAAUUUGGGAAAUUCUUACUCAAGAGAACAAGUCAUUAGAUGUCUCCAUAUUGGCGUACUGUCUAUACAAGAUGAUCCAGCUGACAGACCCACAAUGGCAUCCAUAGUUCUCAUGCUUAGCAGUCAAUCCAUUUCUAUGCCAUCACCUCUACGACAACCAGCAUAUUUUCUUCAUAGUCGAAUAGAGGAAAAGCCAUUAGUGGAGCAAGAGUCAGAUCAAUCUACAAGCAAAUCAGUGCCAUUGUCUGUCAAUGAAGCAUCGAUUACUGAAUUAUACCCUCGAUAGAAUUAGUAAAUGUUUAUAUUGUUAGUAUUGAUAAAGAAUUUGGACUUCAUGAACAGGGUAAUAAGCCUGCAAUUAAUCCAAUAUGUACGAUUAACCAGACGGGAAAAAAUGAUCAAAAACCAAGUUGUAUUUUAAUUUAUAGUUGCUAAAAUAAUACAAAGCCUCUUUG